GUUUCCACAGCUCCCUGGCCAGACUCCGUCCCGCCCGCUAGCUCCGGCCCUGGCCGCCCUCCGUCCCCGCCCUGUCGGGCUCCAGGCAAAAUCCGGGGAGGCGGCCGCUCGGAGGCUCCCGGGAGGCGGCGCGGCGCGGCGGGCUGAGCAUGCGCAGUGAGCAAGGCCGGCUCCGGCGCAAGAAGGAAGCGUUCGCUGUGGUCCCGGCGGCUGCGCUGGGGUAUGCGGUACCGGCUAACGUGGCUGCUGCACCCCGCGCUGUCCAGUACCUUCCGCUCGGUCCUCGGCGCCCGCCUGCCCCCUCCGGAGCGCCUCUUUAUUGAAGCUAAAUCAGCUUGCCACGACCUAUUAUAUCCUACGCAGAAGUGGAAGUUGUCAGUAGAUUCUUGGGAUUUUCUGUGUGCCCAGCGAUGUCACCUUUUCCAAAAAAAGACUUACAGCAAAAUGAAUAAUCCAGCUAUCAAGAGAGUAGGAAAUCAUAUCAUCAAAUCUCCUGAAGACAAGCGAGAAUACCGUGGACUAGAGCUGGCCAAUGGGAUCAAAGUACUUCUCAUCAGUGAUCCCACAACAGAUAAAUCAUCAGCAGCACUUGAUGUACACAUAGGUUCCUUGUCAGAUCCUGAAAAUAUUGCUGGCUUAAGUCAUUUUUGUGAACAUAUGCUAUUUUUAGGAACAAAGAAAUACCCUAAAGAAAAUGAAUACAGCCAGUUUCUCAGUGAGCAUGCAGGAAGUUCAAAUGCCUUUACUAGUGGAGAGCAUACCAAUUACUAUUUUGAUGUUUCUCAUGAACACCUAGAAGGUGCCCUAGACAGGUUUGCACAGUUUUUCCUGUGCCCCUUGUUUGAUGAGAGUUGCAAAGACAGAGAGGUAAAUGCAGUUGAUUCAGAACAUGAAAAGAAUGUGAUGAACGAUGCUUGGAGACUCUUUCAGUUGGAAAAAGCUACAGGGAAUCCCAAACACCCCUUCAGCAAAUUUGGAACAGGUAACAAAUAUACUCUAGAGACUAGACCAAACCAAGAAGGCAUUGAUGUAAGACAAGAGCUACUGAAAUUCCAUUCUACUUAUUAUUCAUCCAACUUAAUGGCUAUUUGUGUUUUAGGUCGAGAAUCUUUAGAUGACUUGACUGAUCUGGUGGUGAAGUUAUUUUCUGAAGUGGAGAACAAAAAUGUCCCAUUGCCAGAAUUUCCUGAACAUCCUUUCCAAGAAGAACAUCUUAAACAACUUUACAAAAUAGUACCCAUUAAGGACAUUAGGAAUCUUUAUGUGACAUUUCCCAUACCUGACCUUCAGAAAUACUACAAAUCAAAUCCGGGUCAUUAUCUUGGUCAUCUCAUUGGACAUGAAGGUCCUGGGAGUCUGUUAUCAGAACUUAAAUCAAAGGGCUGGGUAAAUACUCUUGUUGGUGGGCAAAAGGAAGGAGCCCGAGGUUUUAUGUUUUUUAUCAUUAAUGUGGACUUGACUGAGGAAGGAUUAUUACAUGUUGAAGAUAUAAUUUUGCACAUGUUUCAAUACAUUCAGAAGUUACGAGCAGAAGGACCUCAAGAAUGGGUUUUCCAAGAGUGCAAGGACUUGAAUGCUGUUGCUUUUAGGUUUAAAGAUAAAGAGAGGCCACGGGGUUAUACCUCUAAGAUUGCAGGAAUAUUGCAUUACUAUCCCCUAGAAGAAGUGCUCACAGCUGAAUAUUUACUGGAAGAAUUUAGACCCGAUUUAAUAGAGAUGGUUCUCGAUAAACUCAGACCAGAAAAUGUCAGGGUUGCAAUAGUUUCCAAAUCUUUUGAAGGAAAAACUGAUUGCACAGAAGAGUGGUACGGAACCCAGUACAAGCAAGAAGCUAUACCACAUGAAGUCAUUAAGAAAUGGCAAAAUGCUGAUCUGAAUGGGAAAUUUAAACUUCCAACGAAGAAUGAAUUUAUUCCUACAAAUUUUGAGAUUUUAUCAUUAGAAAAAGAAGCAACACCAUACCCUUCUCUUAUUAAGGAUACAGCUAUGAGCAAACUCUGGUUCAAACAAGAUGAUAAGUUUUUCUUGCCCAAGGCCUGUCUCAACUUUGAAUUUUUCAGCCCAUUUGCUUAUGUGGACCCCUUGCACUGUAACAUGGCCUAUUUGUACCUUGAGCUCCUCAAAGACUCACUCAACGAGUAUGCAUAUGCAGCAGAGCUAGCAGGCUUGAGCUAUGACCUCCAAAAUACCAUCUAUGGGAUGUAUCUCUCGGUGAAAGGUUAUAAUGACAAGCAGCCAAUUUUGCUAAAGAAGAUCAUUGAAAAAAUGGCUACCUUUGAGAUUGAUGAAAAAAGAUUUGAAAUUAUCAAAGAGGCAUAUAUGCGAUCUCUUAACAAUUUCCGAGCUGAACAGCCUCACCAGCACGCCAUGUACUACCUCCGCUUGCUGAUGACUGAAGUGGCCUGGACUAAAGAUGAAUUGAAAGAAGCCCUGGAUGAUGUUACCCUUCCUCGCCUUAAGGCCUUCAUACCUCAGCUCCUGUCACGGCUGCACAUUGAAGCCCUUCUCCAUGGAAACAUAACAAAGCAGGCUGCGUUAGGAAUUAUGCAGAUGGUUGAAGACACCCUUAUUGAACAUGCUCAUACAAAACCUCUCCUUCCAAGUCAGCUGGUUCGGUAUAGAGAAGUUCAGCUCCCUGACAGAGGAUGGUUUGUCUAUCAGCAGAGGAAUGAAGUUCACAAUAACUGUGGCAUCGAGAUAUACUACCAAACAGACAUGCAGAGCACCUCGGAGAACAUGUUUCUGGAGCUCUUCUGUCAGAUCAUCUCCGAGCCAUGCUUCAACACCCUGCGCACCAAGGAACAGCUGGGCUAUAUUGUCUUCAGUGGGCCACGCCGAGCCAAUGGCAUACAGGGCUUACGGUUCAUCAUCCAGUCAGAAAAGCCACCUCACUACCUAGAAAGCAGAGUGGAAGCUUUCUUAAUUACCAUGGAAAAGUCCAUAGAGGACAUGACAGAAGAGGCCUUCCAAAAACACAUCCAAGCAUUAGCGAUUCGUCGACUAGACAAACCAAAGAAACUGUCUGCAGAGUGUGCUAAAUACUGGGGGGAGAUCAUCUCCCAGCAAUACAAUUUUGACAGAGAUAAUACAGAAGUUGCCUAUUUAAAAACACUUACCAAGGAAGAUAUUAUCAAAUUCUAUAAGGAAAUGUUGGCAGUAGAUGCCCCAAGAAGACAUAAGGUAUCCGUCCAUGUUCUUGCCAGAGAAAUGGAUUCUUGUCCUGUGGUUGGAGAGUUCCCAUGUCAAAAUGAUAUAAAUUUGUCACAAGCACCAGCCUUGCCACAACCUGAAGUGAUUCAGAACAUGACUGAGUUCAAGCGUGGUUUGCCACUGUUUCCCCUUGUGAAACCACAUAUUAACUUCAUGGCUGCAAAACUCUGAAGAUUCCUCACGUGUGGGAAAGUGCAAGUGGAUGCAUUCCUGAGUCUUCCAAGGGCUAGGAAAACAAUCUUGGCCAUUUUAAUAUUUUCUGGUUCACUAUUAGAAAAACAGAAAAAAAAAAAAAAGUUGUCAAAUGUCAUUAUGUAGAAAUAUUAAAAAUCCAAAGUAAUUAAAUUACAAAAUCUUAUAGAUGUAGAAUAUUUUUAAAAUACAUGCCUCUUAAUAUUUUAAAAGUUUUCUUUUCAUUACUAAGAGAAAUGUCCCUUAUAUAACAAUACUUAAAAUGAUGGAUGAUAUUCCUAUAGAAACUUUCUUCCUUAUUCUGUAAAAUAGUCACUUGUCAGAAGAAAAAUAUGUUAGCUUUUUUCUAAAAGCCUCCUAGGUUGACAGAAAAGACUUAAAAACAUGUAGAAAGAUAAUACCUUUUUAAAAAUGGAUCCUCAACUUUGCUUUCUACUUAAUGGUUUCAUGUAAAUAAUGGAGAACAUUACGUUUGGCAGAUAAUGAACAAAGCAAUGUAAUUUUCUUUUAUUAGUGAAAUUGCUGAUUAUAUAAGGCAUGGUUUUAAUCUUUUUAUAGAAUUUGAACAUGUUUUUUAUUCAAACUAGUAAAAUGCUGGAAAACUCUAGAACACCCUACUUAUUUACAGUGCUAGAAAUACAGACUUACCUUACAUCAAUUUUGUCCCAAACUGAAUUUCUCAGGAUUACUGUGAUUUGUUUUUUUCUGAUUGAAUUAUAUUGACAUUCUUGUUCAUAGUUGGUUUGCAGUGUUCCAUCAGUGUCACUUUUUCCCAUCAACACGUUGCUGUAUUUAUUUAACAGAAACAAACAGGGUCAACUUCAGAUCCCACUGAGUGUGUGACAUGCUUUUCCAACAUCAUCUAUUCUAAACACCUGUAACUUUUUACUACCACGAAAUUGCAGUCAGUAUACGAACCAAAAUAUUUGCCCCAUUAUGAAUAUAAAAGGCAACACGUACACAGACACCUUUUUGGAGGUAUAAAAAGGAAAGCCUUGGAUUCUUCAAUAGCGUGCUCUCCAUAGAGACUCUGAAUCCUGUUUUGCUACCAGUCUAAUACUGCCUUAAGUGUAAAGUUACUUUUUGAAUAUAUAAAUUCAAACAUACAAACACAUAGAUGAUGACUGGAGUGAACUUUUAAAAAGUAUUUUUUUUCAUGAGAUACAAUUUUGGAUGAAAUUGUUACUGUAGAUUUAACAGCUGUUUUGAAAUAUUUACUGUUAUUAAAACUUAAAGAGAAAUUGGAGACAUACAGGCACUAGUAACAGUAAGUGGCCCUGUAGUUCACUAACUCAGGCGAAGUAAAGAAUGGCAUUUUCAAAUGACAUUUCACCUCCAUAUGACUUGAUUUGCCAGGACUUCUUUCUGUAGAGUCAUGUCUUUUCACAUCUUAAGUUUUCACAUUUGCUGUUUUUCUGAAUAAUCUGAAUUUGGGGCAAGAAUGAUAAUCCCAACUGUGGAGGCUGCUUUUGAAAGCGGGGCUCCAUUUCUACUGUCAGACAUAUGUGGUGCUGUAACCAUCUUUUUAUCCCUGCCUUCAAGAGCUUCCUUGUAUGAAGCCUGUCUUUGUCCAUCAGAAGGUGCGUGAGUCAUCAUCACUUCCUUCUGGUUUUAUGCAUUUGUAGACUAUGCAGCUUUUCAUCAAACUGCAGAUAUAUACGAGAGGGAUCAAAAACUAGUCCUGAGUGCAUAAAUCCACCACUGGAAAAGUAAAAAAUCCACUUAUAUCUUUUCUGUGGAAAAUUAUGUGCUACUGGGUAACUUUUUGCUCUUUAAAAAAAAAGGGAGGGGGUGAAAUUGAACGGUGUCACUUUUAUGAGAAAGUCACGUGAAGAAAUCUGAACGGCAUCUCACGUCGUCUUACAGGAGCCUGUGGUUGCUCUUGAGCGUACUCUAGCGUUGUCUGGUUUCCACUUUGGAUCUAGAGCUACUGUUGGAUCACUCAGGCAUCCUUAUGGAUUCAGCUACAUGGGUCCAAGCUGCAGUCCCUGAGCAAUAACAGACUACCUGGCUACUGCUCUUUACUCAGCGCUUAGUAAAUGAGAUUUGCGAAACACACUAAGGUGUUAGUUACCCGUGACUUUUUGAAAAGUCUUCUUUUUCACUGCUUGAUGUGGAAGAGAGAGCAUGUGACACAGCCAGUACGUGGUAGAGUGCUAGGGUAAUCCUGUUUACAAUAAAUUGCCUGAAUUUCA